CUGCGGCAGUCGAGUUUUUAUUUUUGAUAAUCAUACAACUUUCACCCGUUGAAAAAUUGUACGCUUUUCGUGCUCGCAAACCGGUCUCGUUCCGUCGCGAAUCGAUUCGUCACCGCCCCCAUCCGGAAGUGCGAGUAGACGCUGGCAAAAUGUUCUGAUAGUGGGCCUACACGAAAGGCAAAGGUUGGCAGUGCCCUGCGUCACAGACAAAGAGAGCCAUUUUCCCAUUUUUGGUGGCGGAGCUCCCCAGUCGGAAGGCCACCGAACCGAAUUCGUCGCCGCCGCCGAAGGUGAACCACCAUGUCCAAAACAGUGAAAAGACCUACGGCCGGGAUACGGCCCAGUUGCUACAUUCCGUCGCGGCUGGAGGAACGGCGGACGAGGGCGCGCAUUCUGCGGCAGGAACGGCGCCGGAAGCCGGACAAACCGGACGAUUUUGUGACGUACGAGGAUUCAGACUCGGAGGAAGAAACGCCGGCCCAACAGCACCAGGUCCUGAGCACAUCUUUUAACUUUGUCGAUUACGUGCGCAGCCGGGAAUCGGACCUGACCGAGGAGCGGAACGUGGACCCGUCCUACGCCAGCCGGCACAUCUUGACGCACGACAUGUUCAAGGAAACGCCGAUUGCGCUCGGGAACAUCAACAAGGUGUUUUGCUCGCAGUGGCUCAGCAAUCGGCAGGUCGUGUUCGGGACCAAGUGCAACAAGCUGAUGGUGUACGACGUAAACACCCGCAAGGUGGACGCAAUCCCGACGUUGCCCAACAGCCGCGGCGCCAGUCCAGACACGCAGUCGGGGAUCCACGCGUGCCAGAUCAACCCGAGCAACAGUCUGCUGGCGACGGGGGCGCGCCACUCGGCCGACAUUGCCAUCUACCGGCUGCCGACGCUCGAUCCGCUGUGCAUCGGCGAGAACGCCCACCGCGACUGGGUGUUUGACAUGUGCUGGCUGGACGAUCAGUUUCUGGUGUCCGGGUCGCGCGACACCAAACUUGCCCUGUGGCGUGUCAACGAGGACACGAUGGAGUUUCCGGUGGCGGCCUCGAAAGACGGCGCAGAAGGUGACGGCAACGGACAGGAAGCGACAACGUCGUCGGCAGCUGUCGCCAAUGCCGCCGCCGCCGCCGCCGCAGUUCCGCAGUACGCCCACAUUAGUCCAAUCUCGGUGAAGGAGUGCCGGGGGGCGCAAAAGAUCCGCGCCAUCUGCUUCAACAAAGAGUACCGCGAGUUGGCGCUGCUCUCGCUCAACGGGUACAUGCAUCUGUUCAACGCGGAAACGUUCUCCCAGAAGCUGUCCCGGAAGUUGCCCAACUGCCAGGAGAACGUGUGCAUCGCGUGUCAACCGAACGGGUUGUACGCCGUUGGGUGCAGGUCGUACACGCUGCUGCUCGAUCCGCGGACGUUACAGGCCGUGAAAAAGAUCGCCUCGCGGUACAGCGGCUGCGGCAUCCGGUCCGCUAGCUUCCAGGGCAACAUACUCACCAUCGGCACGGGGCUGGGGAUGCUGAUGUUCUACGACAUCCGCGCCGGCAAGUAUCUCGAGUCGCAGACGAGUGCGUCCCGGACGGUCGUGCUGAAGGCCAGCCGAGGCUACGUAGCACAAUUCCCCGAGGAAGAGAUGGACAACUUCCAGCAGAUCAAGUACGUUCCGGCGAUCUACACGCACUGUUACGACGGCAGCGGCACCAGACUGUUCACGGCCGGCGGUCCACUUCCGGCCACGCUCAUAGGAAACUACGCGGGAAUCUGGCAAUAAUUUUCGAAACUCUCGUAUGUUGUAGGACAACUAGUGGUAUAAUAUGACAUAUUAUAAUUUAUUACAAUUCAUACAAUCACACACACACACAUACAAAAGUUAAACCGUACACUUCCGGAUGGUGUUGUUGGUCAGAUGAGGGGUUGAAGUGCGGUUUGAAGUUGGUUUCAAGAAAAAGAAAAAAAAACAAGCUACACGAAAAAGCAUUGUGUAGAAUUAAGCUUUAUUUGCUUUGUUUUUAGUUUAGUUACUUUUUAGGUUUAAUGAAUUUAAUUAUCAAAAUUUGUAGUUGGAACGAUCUCAAACAACUGAUUUUCUUUCUUUCUGCUGAAUAAACUUAUUAUUGGCAAUAGCUUUGUACGGAGCUCGGGAGAGUUGCCCAUUUUUUUCGUGGCCCAGGAAAAAAAUACUGUUCGAUUUAACCCUUUAACCCUCUACAGCCCCAUUUUUUUCGAUUUUUUUUUAUUUUUCCCGUGUUCAGGAGGUCAUUUUGAGCAACUUUUAUUCUACGAAAAACUUUACUUCUCUUGUUUUAUGUUUUUCUUGUUUCAUUUUUAGUAUUUUAAUUUGCAUUUAUCUUGUUUAGUUUAUGUUUGUUUUUGGUAGUAUUUGACCUAUUCUACCACCUCCUAUCAUUACAUUUUGCCUAUCUGAUUUUUUUCCUGUUUUUACAGUCACUUUUUCAAUUUUUUGCUUAUUAUUUCACAUGUUCUGCUAUAGAAUGGCGCCAUUAUCAUUUAAAUUGUAAAACAAUACGUAGAGGCAUAGUCUGGGACACUACAAAAAUUACUGCAUAUUUCAAUUUACUGAAAAUAUAGGAAAUGUUAGUAACAAAAACAGCCAAAGUUGACCCCUAAAAAAAUGACAUUUUUAAAAACAUGGACAGUCACAUAAAACAAGUCAAACUUCCAACCCAUAAAUUUUCUAUAAUUUUAAGAGUUCUUCUUUCCAAUGCUUUUUAGAGAUCAAAAAUUGGAUGAAUAUGGAUUUUUGACGAUUUUUUAAAUCAAAACCCGUCUAGAGGCGGGGUUGGGUUGUA